CAGAAGAGUUACUGAUGUAUAGCUGCUGAAUAUUCAGCCUUACUUGACCCUUCUAUUAUUAAAACAGCGAAUAAUGACCGAAAACAGCGAAAAUCCCCAUCAGGUAACUGCAGCCGUCGACGAAGUCGAAACUAAUAUAUAUUGCUCUUCUUGUGAGGAAAAAUUGCAAGAAGAAUUGGCAUUUAGAUGUCGAGAUUGCGAAACUAACGAGAGAGCGGUUUCUGGCAGCAAUUUACAAAUCUGCGAUACCUGCAUUGGUUGGCAUGUCAAAAAAAUGCAUGCUGUUAUUGAUUAUCGUGGCCACGAUUCAGAAAUAUGUUCUCAGCACAAAAUUAUCUGUUCGCAUUUUUGCGUGGACUGCGAAAGCUUACUUUGUUUGAAGUGCACACUCGAUCAUGGUGGACACAAUUUGAAAACUAUACAAUCGGUAGCUUCUGAAGCAAGGAAACAGGUCUUCCAACUAAUGGAUCAAUUCGAAGAGCGGGAAAAAGUUUUUCAGCAUAAGAAAGAUGAGUUGGAUCAGUCGCAUAAAAUACUCCACGAAGAAUUAAUUCUGACGAAAGAGUACCUUGAUAGAAAAACGAAAACUGCUGCAGACUUACUUUUGAAGAAAUGCAGAUUGGUUAACUUUGAAUCAGCUGAGGCUGGAAAAAUGUUGGAAGAUUCCCUAACUUUAAAACGAAGCGACUACAAUGAAAUCGACGCUGAAUCAGUUCUCAAUGAGCGAGAGCUGUUGUGUUCCUUGCAAAAUUCGGAUGCUUCUCUUGUUACCAAAAUAAAAAGGAUGCAGACAAAUUGCAAUGGAACAUUGAAGAAGCGUGCUAGCUUCACAGAAAACUCCUUUUAUGUCGAACCAUUUUCUUACGACGAUGCUAAAAUUGAUGAGUUAGUGGGCAAAUUUGUUGAUGAUGUCGUCGUUUGUCUUAAAUUGCCCAUGUUCAAGCAAGUAGAGAUCCAAAAAUGUUCUGAGGAAAGCUUCAAAAUGUCCGAUGAAUUCUGGGAACAGAAGUUCUUAAACAGAUUUCCUGAAAAUUCUGAUAUUUUUGACUUCGAACAAACAGAAGACGAGCUGCAGAUUACCUGCUGGGAAAAUGAUAAAGUCAUAAAUGAAUGGAUUUCACGCGAAAAAGAUGAUUGCAAUUUCAAAGACAAAUACAUAAUCAAUGUUAAAUUGAGUGGCGACGUGCACUUCAUCCAAAGAGCGAUUUACUCAUAUUUAGUUUUCAUUAUAACUAAUGAAUCUGUAUUUGAGUACACUUUGAAAAGUAGCGAGAAUCCGGUCUUGAUAACGGAAUAUAAUUGGAAUGAUUUUGAGUGCCCGCUGGGAAUACAUCCAGAUGUUGGUAUUAUGUACUGGGACAAAGCUUUUGAUGCAAUUAAAGCAUCAGAAGAAGAAAGCGUUAAGAUACAUUGCUCCGUGAAGCCAUGUUUUUUCAGUCAUCAUUCGUGCAAUUCUGACAGGGUCAGGGUCGUUUUCCAACUAAUCAAUUUUGAUAUCAUUUACUUUGACCCAGAGCAACUGACAUCUUUUUUCAUUCCUUAUUCUCUGCACAAUUUUCCGCAAGUUGAUUGGAUCAAGGCCAUUUAUCCAGCUGAAGCUGAGAAAAACACGCUUAUCUUAAUUUGGUGCUGCAAGCUGAAACAGAUCAAAGUAUUCUUCAAGAACGAAGCAGAGGAGAAUUUUUCUUUGAAAGAAGUUCACCAGUGGGAAGGUGACAAUGCAGCCAGCAUUAUUAGAAUCGAAUCGAAUUUGGACGCUUUGGAUAGCUGGUUUCUGCAUUUGAAAUUCAAAAAAGGAUCACUUGAAUCGGACAAAAACAAAGUGACAGAGAAACUAAACGAGGGUUUCAUAGUUUUCUAAUUAGUAUCAAAAGCGGUAAGAGGGUCUAAAAAGUCAGUAUUCUUCGUUUGCUGUUCUUGCUCCUCAGAUUUGGCGUUUUAUGUCGCGAUAUAGAUGAUAAGAACGUAUUGCGGAAGUGCUCCUAGCAUAGUUAUAUUCUAAAAAUUCUUUCACAAUAUAUUUUUAUGUUCCGAUCAUUUGAAAAAUAUGAAGGAACUUUGUAUU